GUUACAACCAAAAGAAUUCAGCCUAGAUCAGACACAGAGACCAGCCAUGCCAAAGAAAUUCAGCCAAAUCCUGUGGUCACAUCAGCCAAAAGGUCCGAUCAUCAAUAAGAAUUGAUGGCUGGUGGAUCAGCGAUUAAAUGGAGUAUUUUCUGAUCUUCAUUAGCUCGAUUGACAGUUUAUUUUCAUCGCUGUGUUCCGUGUCAAUUCUUUGGAUUCUCAGUGUCUUCUGUUUGAAGAAACUGGAGGAAUUUGAUCGAGUUCAAGCAAAGCAGAUAAAGCAUGCAACAGGAACAACCCCUGGAGCCAACACAGACAAGAACCGGUCAUCAUCUAUUGGUACCAGCAUUGAAAAUGCGGAGAAGUUUUUGACACUUUUCGAUGGCUUUUUGGUGGAACUGGAUAGCGUCACAGAGAGACAUCCAUCACUGCAGGAACAUAUCCAAAAUCUGCAGAGAGCUAAUAAAGAACUUCAGAAGAUCCAGAUUGUGAUGGAAUCAUUGAAGACGCGCUUUUUCUAUGGUCCGGUUCUUGAUGUACAUUUAAAAUAUAGGAUCCACUGUCUACUCGCUAAGUUUGAACACACAAAGGCUUACAUCGACUUAAGACUUUACUUGCUGAAGGCAUCCCAGGGGCAGUUUGAGGCCUGGUUGUGCCGGAGUAGGCUGUUAAAGAUGUGGCUUGCAGAGUCACUGUCUCUCCAGGAGUCCAUGCACAACAUGGAAUGUGACAGCCAAGCUGACAUCAGAAAACAUCUCCAAAUUCAAAAGGUGAACGACAAGUCGCCAGGUUGGGUACCAGGGAAAGUCAAGCAGGUCCUGAGUGCGGAAAGCACGAGGAUAGGCAGUGAGCUGGAGAUCUACAAGAAGGACUCGAGUAAUCUGGAAAAUACUCUACAGGAGAUCAGCAGUUGGUCCAAGAAAUUCGAACUCUUUCUUGGGGCAAAAAUGUAUCAGAAUGGGACAAAAAAAUGGAAUGAAGUUCUUAGUCAAUCAAUAUCUGAUGAGAUGGACCAGGUAUGUCUACGUUUUUUUACAUUGACAAACUUGGUGAAGUGUUACCAGAUCCAUCUUGAAGGUCUGUCUCAAACGCUCCAAACGCAGAAUAAUUUUCCACGGACUCCGAGAGCAUCAAUAACUAAUAUACCACUCAGUAUUACAGCCACGAAGUGAACCAUGACGAAUCCAGCAGUGAUAGAUAACUAGAUCCUGCUGUCUGUGGAUUGAGCUGUUUAUUAUUAACACACACGGAGCUAUACUGCCAUCAUAAUGCCCAAUACCGCUGGUAUCUAAUGCUAGUUUCAGGAAGGGAAGUGGCAAAAACAGAGCAAGACGAGACGCAUCGAAAGACGUGUGUUUGUAAUUCUUUCAAUGCUGCCUGAAUAUGAUUUUUAUGUACAGAUAGUCCUUUUCCCCACAAAUCAUUUUAAAUCCUUAGAUC